AUGAGCGCCUGCUCCAGACGACUGCACGACUGCUCUAUUACCACGCAACGCAUGGUUCCUAGAGAGGCGGCGCUCGAGGGCGGCGGCAGCGGCGCCUGCGGGGGAAACAUCGGCCUGCGGCUUGGUUACCUCCGGUUCGCGGCUCGCUCGUCGUCGUCGGCGGCGGCCAAGAAGGAGCUCUGUGACCACGGCCAGGCCAAGGCCGUCUUCUACCGCGCCAUCGCCACCUGCCCGUGGGCCAAGCAGCUAUACCUCGAGGCGUUUGAGCCGCCGCUGGCCGGCGCCAUGGCUACCAAGGGAUUGCGCACGCACGUCGACCUCGAGGAGGUUUGGGAUCGAUAG